GAGACGCGUAUGUUUGACCAACACGUCCUCAGACAAUUAAGACAUCCAACCAAAUAGAUGCCUAAAAAUGCAACCGUUUUCGUGCGUUAUGGACCGUACGAGUCAUGUGGACUAGUGGCAUAUCGCACGUUCCGUCUAGAAGGACUAGAGUGUAGUUAUUCCCAAAUAAAUUAAUUAAUGCGCGAUCAAUGUAUUCGAUAAUAGGCUAGUAGCCUAGGCUACCCAACCAAAUAAAUGCCUAAAAAUGCAACCGUUAGCGUGCGUUAUGGACCGUACGAGUCAUGUGGACUAGUGGCAUAUCGCACGUUCCGUCUAGAAGGACUAGAGUCUUCCCUUUUAGCACGCGGGCAUCGCUGCGUCCUCGAGGAGAGCAGAGACUGGAACACGGUGGAGAUCGUGGUGCACGGGGAGUGCGUGUUCACCUGCGGCGUAAAGGACCUGCAGUUCGGUGGAGACGGGAGACUGGAUCCUGUGUGCCAGAAAGCCGUUAUCGCUGUGGAAAAUGCUUACUGACAGCGUAGCAUUAGUUUCGGGAAUCAAGACCAUGCAUUGUAAUUUUUAUUUUUUUUUAAAGUAAAGUAUGUUUUAUAUAGAGUUGUAUAUAUAUUAUAGAUUUUAAAGAAAUAUAAAGGCUUCAGACACAUGGAAUAUGUUUCAGCAUUUAUUGUUAUUUUCAUUCAAGUUGUCAUUUAAUAUGACUACAAAAUAUUUAGAAUUCUACAUUUCUAUAUUUCUUAUUCCAUAAACUUUCCAUCACCUGUACACAACCGUGUCAAUACUUAAACUUAACUUUAAAACACAAUAAACAGAUUGUUUUUAAGCAACUACAAAAAUAUGUAUAGAACUAUACGGUUUGUGCUUCUGUUCAUUCGCAGUGCGGAGGUUUAGCUUGACAGGAUACGGACGCCAUUUUGAUAAGUUCCGGUCGGCACAACGCUCCGUGCUCUAAGGUUUUCUGACAUGACAACCAUCACACAGACAUACAUGGACAUACAGACAUACACCAUGUGUCCAUCUUUCCCUGCCAGCUGGCUGCCGUCUUCGGGUGUAGACAGGUGUGACUCAAUCCAACACUCAUUCAACAGUCCGAUUAGACGAGAACAAAGUAAAGACACACAUACACUCAAGCAGGAAACC